AUGGCUCCUUCAGUUGAACCGACUCCCGACUCGCCAUCACAGGCAGAUACCCCUAUGACAGACGCGAAUGCUGAGCCUGUCACGUCGGUGCCCGUGGAUAGCGCAGACGCGCCGAUGACGGGCUACCAGGACACUCCAGACUACACGGACUCGGAUACGAACCCAAAUACCACGGCGAGCAGUGUUGCAGGCGACGCAGCGCCUUUGGAUGGCCGGAGACGGAGGUCUGAAGCUUUCCACAUGAGAAAAAGUAUCUUGGGCAAGAAGCAUGGUCGUUUGGAUGAGUCGAAGGAAGAUGAUUCUAUCCGACGAUUUCGCUACCUCCUCGGUUUAACCGACUUAUUCCGUCAUUUCAUCGAAACCAACCCUAAUCCGCGGAUCAAGGAGAUCAUGGCCGAAAUCGACCGGCAGAAUGCUGAGGAGGAGGCAAAGGCCAAGAAGAAGGGCUCGUCGCGCUCAGGUGGUGCAGGUAGUGAAAGGCGUCGCAGAACAGAGCAAGAAGAAGACGCCGAGCUGUUGAAGGAUGAAAAGUCCGGCGGCGAAACCAACACUGUCUUUCGGGACUCCCCGCCGUUCAUCAAGGGAGAAAUGCGCGAUUACCAGAUUGCAGGAUUGAACUGGUUAGUUUCGCUGCACGAGAACGGUAUUUCAGGUAUCUUGGCGGAUGAAAUGGGCUUGGGCAAGACUUUGCAGACCAUUUCUUUCCUUGGCUACCUCCGACAUGUAUGCGAUAUCACCGGCCCGCACCUCAUCGCCGUCCCGAAAUCUACCCUCGAUAACUGGAAGCGGGAGUUUGGAAAGUGGACACCUGAGGUCAAUGUGCUUGUCCUCCAGGGUGACAAAGAACAGCGACACAAGCUGAUCAAUGAGGAGCUUCUCGAUGAGAACUUCGACGUUUGUAUCACUAGUUACGAGAUGAUUCUUCGAGAAAAGGCGCACCUUAAGAAGUUCGCUUGGGAGUACAUCAUCAUCGACGAGGCCCAUCGGAUCAAGAACGAGGAGUCUUCUCUGGCGCAAAUCAUCCGUGUUUUCCAUUCCAGGAACCGACUACUGAUUACCGGUACCCCACUUCAGAAUAACCUCCACGAGCUUUGGGCCCUCCUCAACUUCCUGUUGCCGGAUGUUUUCGGUGAUUCGGAGGCUUUCGACCAAUGGUUCUCCGGACAAGACUCCGAUCAGGAUACAGUCGUGCAACAACUCCAUCGCGUUCUGCGACCUUUCUUGCUUCGCCGUGUCAAGAGUGACGUCGAGAAGAGUUUGCUGCCUAAGAAAGAGGUCAAUCUUUACGUCCCCAUGUCGGAAAUGCAGGUCAAGUGGUAUCAGAAGAUCCUCGAAAAAGAUAUCGAUGCGGUCAAUGGCGCCGCCGGCAAGCGUGAAUCAAAGACCCGUUUGUUAAAUAUCGUCAUGCAACUUCGCAAAUGUUGCAACCAUCCCUACCUUUUUGAAGGUGCAGAGCCUGGCCCACCCUACACCACCGAUGAGCAUCUCAUCUACAAUGCUGGAAAGAUGACGAUCCUUGACAAAUUGCUGGCGCGUAUGCAGAAACAGGGAAGUCGCGUACUCAUCUUCUCCCAGAUGAGUCGUGUCCUUGAUAUUCUCGAAGACUACUGUGUUUUCCGCGAAUACAACUACUGCCGCAUCGAUGGUACAACGGCCCACGAGGACCGAAUUGCUGCUAUCGACGAGUACAAUAAGCCGGGAUCAGAGAAGUUCAUCUUCCUGCUCACAACAAGAGCCGGAGGUCUUGGUAUUAACCUGACGACGGCCGAUAUUGUCGUUCUCUUUGAUAGUGACUGGAAUCCUCAGGCUGAUUUGCAAGCAAUGGACCGUGCCCACCGUAUCGGACAGACGAAACAGGUUGUGGUGUUCAGGUUUGUUACAGAGAAUGCGAUCGAAGAAAAAGUCUUAGAACGUGCCGCACAGAAGUUGCGGCUCGACCAGCUUGUCAUUCAACAGGGACGCGCUCAGCAGCAGACCAAGAAUGCCGCGUCCAAGGAAGAAUUGCUGGGUAUGAUCCAGCACGGAGCUGCCAAUGUUUUCAACACUCAGGCCAACACCACCAUAUCUGCGGAACACCAGAUAUCCGAAGAUGAUAUCGACAACAUUCUGCGAAAGGGCGAGGAGCGGACUGCGCAAUUGAACAAGAAGUACGAAAAGCUUGGUAUCGACGACUUGCAAAAAUUCAGCUCCGAAAGUGCGUACGAAUGGAACGGCAAAGACUUCACAGAUCGCAAGAAGGACAUUGGUAUCAACUGGAUCAACCCGGCGAAGAGAGAGCGUAAGGAACAGUUUUAUUCUAUCGACAAAUACUAUCGCCAGGCUUUGGCAACUGGUGGUAGAACGGCUGAUCCCAAGCCCAAGGUUCCUCGGGCGCCAAAGCAGAUCACUGUCCAUGAUUGGCAGUUCUUCCCGCCUGGGCUUCAGGAGCUGCAGGAGAAGGAGACGGCCUACUUCCACAAGGAAAUCGGAUACAAGGUUCCUCUGCCUGAUGGUCCGGAAGAAGAGCUGAGCGAGCGCGAGGCCGAACGUGAUCUUGAACAACAGGAGAUUGACAAUGCAGUGCCACUAACGGAGGAUGAGCAGGCGGAGAAGGCGAAGAUGUCUGAAGAAGGCUUCUCCAACUGGAACCGCAGGGAUUUCCAACAGUUCGUGAACGGUUCGGCCAAAUUCGGCCGUACUGACUACGUUGGAAUCGCCACCGAGGUGGACAGCAAAGAGCCGGAAGAAAUCGAGGAGUACGCGCAAGUAUUCUGGGAGCGGUACACUGAAAUCCAAGAUUAUCCCAAGUACCUCCGUGUCAUCGAGCAGGGCGAGGAUAAAUUGCGGAAGAUGAACCACCAACGCAAAAUGUUGCGCAAGAAGAUGGAAAUGUACCGCGUACCACUCCAGCAAGUCAAGAUCAACUACACUGUGUCUACCACCAACAAGAAGGUCUAUACGGAAGAGGAGGAUCGGUUCUUGUUGGUAAUGUUGGACAAAUAUGGAGUCGAUGGCGAAGGUCUCUACGAGAAGAUCCGUGACGAAAUCCGCGAGUCUCCCCUCUUCCGGUUUGACUGGUUCUUCCUUAGUCGAACCCCAGUCGAGAUUGGACGUCGGUGCACCACCCUGCUGAACACCGUGGCAAAGGAAUUCGAAACCGAUGGAAAGGCAAACGGUGAGAGCGGCAAGGGCCGGGGACGUGACCGCGACGACGAUGAAGCCGAGGAGGAUGAGGGCCCACCUACCAAGAAGAAGACGAAGGGCGGUGCAGUUAAUAAGCAAGUUAAGGCCGUCAAGGGUGGCAGCAAGGCAACUUCUACCUCAACGUCGCGGGCAGCCAGUGUCUCUUCAAAUGCGGCACCCAAGUCGAGGAGUCGCAAGAAAUGA